AUGGAUAUGUGGACUACUACAACUCGUCUUCAUUUGUUAAAUGCUAUUUCUAGAUACGGAUUACGCAAAACUUCUUUUAUUGGAGCUUAUCUAAAGGUUUAUGCUAAAGUAUCUUCAAAUAAUUGGAAGAAAGAGUACAGUAAGAUGAUUAAAGAGUAUAUCAAGAACAAAGAAACAACUGAAUCAGUUAAAGAAUACUUUCAGAAACGUAGGAAAGAGAUGAUAGAUAUGAUUAUUGAAAAGAAGAAACAAGAAAAGUCACGUAUCAUUGAAAGAAUGAUCUAUGGUUAUGAUAGUUUAGAACAUUCAGAAUCAGAAGAAGAUCCAGUGCCUGUUUUAUCUCCAGAGAUAGCAGCUUUAAGUGAUAGUACUUCAACUAGUCUUUGGGGUGUUAAGUCUUUAAGUAAUCCUUUAUCUACUACUUUAUUACAUCUAUCUACCUUAAGCAGUCUACCUCCUCAUUUAGAACUACCAGGUCCGAAACCUGAAGUAGGAUCAGGAGCCGAUGAUGAGUCUUCUUUUGAUGGUCAAUGUACUCCAGCUAUUUCUCAGAAGGAACAAGAACUGGAAGAUAUUCUGACUUCUUUAGAAGUAUCUAAUUAUGGCUUAUCUGUCUCUUCGGUUGAUCCGGUGGCUUUUGAAAGGUUCUUUCGCUGGACACUAGAACAGACGUCGGCUUUAGAGGCGCAACGACUGGGAGAAGAAAGUGCGAUGGAAAUGGAAGAGAUAGAGAAUAUGGAGGAAGGUGAAGAUUCUGGGGAGAGUUUAACGAGUGGAAUGGGGUUUUCCUUGAAGGAGUACUUUAAGUUGGACUUUCAUGAGUAUCCUAAGAAAAGGUCGCCUCGGGAUAAGUCUAAGUGGGUAGCUGAGUUUAGUUUGGUUUUAGCGCGGUUGAAAGUGAUUAAUGGGGGGAAGGUGGCUUGUGUAAGUCAUGAUACUGAGGAGAGUCGGGGACGGAAGAAGGUGCCAUGUAUCAAGUGUUUUGAUGCGGAUGUUUUAGAGGAAGAACUACGACGGGAUUAUAGACCGACUAUAGCUGAGUACGUUUUUCGGGGUAUGCUUUUCUUGCAAACGGCUAUCUUUCAGAGCAGUAAGUCGGCUGCUAAGGAGAUUGAUAUGAUUAAGGGCGAGUUGUAUAAGUUUUAUGAGUACUAUCGCAAGUAG